UUUUUAUUUUAAAAAUUUCUUCCUUUUAGAUCUUUCGAUCUUUUCCUUCUGAUAAUCUUUCAAUUUGGUUGUUUUUAAUUCAAUUUUUAAUCGAUUCUUGCAUUUACUCUAAUUUUUUUUCCCUCUGAACUUUUGAAUUAUUGUUGGGCUUUAUUUGAUAGAUAUACAUAACCCACAUGCAAUGCAUGCAUUGUCUUAUAAGGACAGAAUCUUGGAAAAAUUAAUUUUACUGGAAUUUGAUGCUAAUAAUUAUCAAAGGUUGAAACUUGGGAAUUCUUGGUAAAUUUGAUGAUAAAAAGGUGUUAAGAUUAUUUUAUUGGAUUUUUUUUCUGGGAAUUAUCGAAGGUUGAAACUUGGGAAUUCCUGGAAGUUUUGAUGAUAAAAAGAAGGAGGCACUGAGCUUGUUGCGGCUUGCUACUUCUGCGGCAAAUAAUUGAUACUAUCCAGGUAUCAUCUCCAGAGACUUGUAUAUUUUGUCCCCAACCCUGGGGGAUAGGUGUUCUCAUGUUUUCUAUAUUCUGCAAGUCCAAUGACCCAGGAAUGAUUUUCCACACUCUCAAGUUAAGGAUAGAUGUUUUUCAUUGGAAAAUGAGUUUGGACGGCCAUCUAGAGAGUGAGAGGCCCUCUGGUUGAGUUUAAGAGAAUCCUAUUUUCUCAUUUUCGAGGGGCUGGGGCCAGAGGUAUCUGGAGGAUAACUUGAGCGUAAUGGAGCUUCUCUAUUAGAUGACAGCUAGUUAUCAUCGAGGCUUAUUAUUCUAUGUAGACUUUGCAUCAUCUGCAGACUGUCUUUCAACUACAUGGGGCACCAAAACACACAUUAUUCCGGUCAUUCGAUUGAUUUGGAAACAGAUCAGCAAGGCCAAGGCCAUCUACAUCCUAAGCCUGGACUCUUUAAUGGGAGUGUUGCAAAAUUUCCUCAGACUAGUGUGCAUACAGUGAUUCCUCCUCCUGGAAAUGCUUGUAAUUUUAAUAUCCACCAUAUGCCUGAACAUCAUGAUGUUGCAUUAUUCUAUGGGAUGAUGCAGUACAACGGUGUUCAGCAUCAGGAUCAGCAUCCCCAUCCCUCUUCCAAUCUUGAUUUGGUUGUUGGUGCACCAUCUCGUCAUUACAAUCCGUAUAUGGUGCCUCCAUCUGGUAUUAUAGAUUUCCCUUUGCCCAUGAAUUAUGGGGCACAUGAUCAUUUGUCACUCUCAGGCACUCAGGGAAUUGUUGGUAUUCCUACAGAUAGUUUUGGGAGGAACAUUCCCUACAUGGAUGGUGUCAGAGGUUCAUUCAAGAGAAAGAAUGAUGAGGGGCUUCCUGUAAAUUACCAGUAUCAUAAUGCUUCAGCAGGAUCUAGUUCUUCUGUUGCCCCCACAAGGCCAGUUGGGUCUGAUACUAUUAUAACAGGUGCUGCUAGUUUUCUGCCACCUGAGUGUGCAACUAAUGACUCCACAUCAAUGAUUGAAAGCGGUCCUCACAGAAGUGUGAGGAACAGACCUGGUAUGAUUAGAUCUGAAUCUAUAAUGGCACAAAACACUGGUAAUUUGAUUCAAGGAAAUUAUGUCACUCAACCUGUACAUUUGCCUGGCAAUCCUUGGUUGGACGUGCAUUUCAAUGCUAACAAUGGUGAUAGUGGGACUUUUGCCUGGAACCAGACUCCCACUUUACCUUAUAUGCAUGCAAAUGUCAAUGGAGGUUGUCCUGAAGCUGGGAAUAUUGGCUUUCAAGGUUAUCAAGUCACAGCCAACAGCGGAAGUUCCCAUAGUUUUCUUCCACCUCCUAUUCCUCAAGGCCAUCUUAAUCUGAAUCAUCAUCCACAGCCACCUAUGCAAGGGGCGAGAGGAUAUAAUAUCAACUUGCCUUUGCAAGUAGGGACAUCAUCACACAGAAUCACUACUAUUAGUUCUUCAAAUAGUGGCAUCAGUCCUUUCCAGGAUACUGUAGAGGCAGGCUCAACAUUUCUAACACCUGUUCCACCAAUGGGCUUUCAGUUGUACCAGCCUCAUCAAAGGGAAGUCAUGCUUGAUUCAAAUACAAGGCAUCAGAACCUUCCUCAUUUGAGAUUUCUACCAGAAGAUGAAGUUGCCAUGCUAGAGAUUCCUGGCUAUCAUGAGGCCAGAGAUACUAUCGAUCAUCACAGGGAUAUGCGUUUGGAUACAGAUCACAUGUCUUAUGAGGAGCUUCUCGCAUUAGGGGAACAAAUUGGUAGUGUUGUCACUGGAUUGUCUGAAGAAGCUAUUCGACGUGAUUUGAAAGUAGGAACUUUUGCCUCAUCAGCAACUUGUUCCAGUGUUGACAGGACAACAUGUGUGGAACAAGAAAUCAAUUUCUGUGUAAUAUGCCAGACUGAUUACAAGGAGCAAGAAAGAAUUGGAAUCCUCGACUGUGGACACGAAUAUCACAGGCAUUGCAUAAAGAAGUGGCUGCUGAUGAAGAACAGUUGUCCCAUCUGCAAAUCCACAGCAUUGACCCAAGCGAGGGAGGACUUGUAAAUAGAGGAGCAAUGGAAGUUGGAACACUGAGUAAAAUUACUUCUCCCUCUUACCAAGCAUGGGAGGAUCUCGUUCAAUGUAUGUAUAUACUCGCAGAAAUGUGACUAAACAGUUAACAAGUCCGGAAACAUUCAUUUGCGGCCUUGUGUCUGUUUCUCAAAAUGUACUUAGUUCAUUUGUUAGUUUGAUUAUGCAAGAAUGCUGUGUUCGUUCUAGUAGGAUUAUAUGCAUUUGAAUGUUGAAAUUUGUUUAACUUGGAAAUGUAUUUUCUGCCUCACCUUUAAUUAAUAUGUGAUAUAGUUGCACAGAUCUUGGAUUAUUGAUCAAUCAGUAUAUAUACUAUUUUGUUGGACA